CGGGGAGGAGAUAAUAUGCGAACCAAGAAGAUAAGAUAGAUGUUGUACGGUCCUCUCCCUUUAAAGAAGAACUUGUUUUUGCUUUCAAGGGCUUUAGGGUUUUAGAGUAUAUUCUUCUUCUUGCUAUGUCAGUCUCCUUUCACUCUUCCUACUAUGAGUAUGCUAUUAGACAGCAUAUGGCUACGUGCCCAAGCUUCAAUUCCGCAUUAUUUAGUGGAUUUCCCUUUCAAUCUUCUUCUCCUUCUUUAAUCUUCUUAAAUUUGUCCCGUGUUUCUUCUGCUGAUGGAAGCAGAAACAUUAAAAAUAGAGUUAUAUUUAGCAGAAUUGGCGUUGCGUCAUCUCAUUCCAAUCCGAAUAUUCUUAAGUCCAAGCACAUGUCUAGGUACGGCCGACCGAUUUCACCUUAUGACACUGAGGAAGAUGAUGCUGAAGAAAACGAGGAUGAUGAUUGGUUUUCUGACGAUGAUUCUCCAGGAGAUAAAACAAAAUCGUGGAAUGCAAGCAAAACAAGGCAAGUCGAGCACGAAAAUUUUGAAAGUCGAUGGGGUGUAAGAUCAUUGAACUCUGGGAAAAGCCUAGAAAUGAACAAAGGCAGGUUUGGCAAAAGAAAAGGAAGAAAUGCCUUAUACAUGAGAAACACUGGCAGUUUUCAUAAUACUUCAAAAUUUUUAGCUACUACUGGCUCAUCUGCUGGAGAUGCCAAAGAAAAGGACGUGGGAAUAUCCUCUAAGACCAAGUAUCACCGUUUAAUAGAAGAACUAGAUUUAGACGAAGGAUGCUUCGCACUUCUUGAUUAUCUCAGCGGCUUUGGACUAAAAGAUUCACACUUUAUCCAAAUGUAUGAGAGACACAUGCCUUCCCUCCAGAUAAAUGUUGUAUCAGCACAAGAAAGAUUGGAAUUCUUGUUGAGUGUCGGUGUUAAGUGCAGAGACAUUAGAAAGAUGAUAAUGAGGCAGCCUCAGAUUCUUGAGUAUACGGUGGAGAACAAUCUGAAAUCCCAUGUAGCUUUUUUGGCUGGUUUGGACAUUCCAGAUUCAAAAAUAGGGCAGAUAAUUACAGCAACUCCUUCCCUAUUUUCUUACAGUGUGGAAAACUCAUUAAAGCCCACAGUGAGGUACCUGUUGGAGGAGGUAGGUAUCCAGAAGAGUGACCUAAGCAAGGUUGUACAGUUGAGCCCUCAAAUCCUGGUUCAGCGGAUUGACAGUUCGUGGAAUACUCGUCUCAAAUUUCUUGCCAAAGAAUUGGGUGCUCCCAGAGAUAGUAUAGUGAAGAUGGUCACAAAGCAUCCCCAAUUACUUCAUUACAGUAUUGAAGAUGGAUUACUCCCAAGGAUUAAUUUCCUGAGGAGUAUUGGGUUGCGCAAUGCUGACAUAUUAAAAGUCUUGACUAGCCUUGCACAGGUGCUCUCACUUUCUCUGGAAAAAAAUCUGAAGCCUAAGUACAUGUAUUUGAUAAAUGAACUUCGAAAUGAGGUUCACUCAUUGACCAAGUAUCCAAUGUACCUGAGCUUGUCUCUGGACCAAAGGAUUCGGCCUCGCCACAGGUUUUUGGUUUCUCUGAAGAAAGCUCCAAAGGGACCAUUUCCUUUAAGUUCAUUUGUGCCAACUGACGAGCACUUCUGUCAGCAAUGGGCAGGAACGAGCUUAGACAAAUAUCUCGACUUUCGGCAGAAAUUAUUGCUCAGGGACUUUGCAAAGAAGUAUGAAAGAUAACACAGCAAUAUUUAAAUUUGAAAUUUGUCUUCUUCAGACAUUGUAGAGGAAAUAAUGUCUCUUCUAUACCAUUAUGCACCUCUUUCUUGAAGCAUUCAAGAAUUUGUGAGGGUGAACCUCUGAUGCUGUUUCACAGAUAUAUGGUAAGAGAGUCUUUGCUUUCAGUAGAUUAAUUGGUUUCAGUUACUCACCUAGUUGGACUGGUGAAGUACUUUGUUAACACCAUAAGGUUUUGGAUUAAAAAUCUUAGAGCAUUAAUUAUGUUCAAAUUGUGCAUUUGCUUCGUCCUCAGACAUCCUCAGACAGAGUGCGAUGCACUGAGCAUCUCAUAUUGAAGAUUUUAUUUGACUCUGUCACUGUUCUCCUUGCCUGUUACUGGAAAUGAUCUAACAGGAAGCUGAUAUAUUCAUGGUUAUAUAAAAGUCAAAAGUGUCGAUGAAGCCAGGACGUUCAAGGUUGGCCCUUUCCAAAAUGAUGCUAUUUCAUCAUUGGAUUUGCUAGUAUUAAGCUCGUGUCUGAUGGCUCUAAUUUCAACCUAUUACAGGUUAAUCCUACUUGCAUUUUAUCUCAGGGUUUUUCUUUUCUCUCAAGUGGCUUACAUAUUUUCUGGUGAGAAACCAGAGGUUAACAAGUCAUUGUAAGUCCUGGAUGAUGUAGACUGCUGGAAUUCCAGUAUUGCGUUCAGAUCAAAGGAAUCAAUGCAUAUGGAUACCAGAAAUAUAGCGACACCACCCACUUUACAAGCCAUAAAGAAGCAUGUAUGAGAGCAGUACUAUACAUCUACCUGAUCUGUAUCUUAUCGAAACAUGGUCUGUUUAAAGUCCAAACAGAGAAGGGGCAACUGCCUAAACUCGGUAAAAUUUGUCGAAUAGAUUGUAAAAUCAUAUGUUUAGCACUGUGAAUCACAUCAUUGUAAAAUCUUAUGAUUCAUGUUGUCCA